UUCGGGGAUGGCCCCAUGGAUGGUUGGCAAGUCAAUCUCGAAAGACCAGUUAAGUCGUUUGCUUGAACAUAAGUACCACUGUGAAGGAGAAAGCAUAUGUGACAACCUUCUUAAGGAAUUUUGGCGGAUAUCUUCUCUGUACAUACCGACAUAUGUUGCUCCCAAUACUCUCACAUUAAUUGGUUUUCUCGCCAAUGUAUUUGCUUUGUGCUUGCUUUUGUCUUAUGGGGCUUGUUUUUUCACUUCUUUGGUGUUUGUAGUGUGUGUAUUCGCGUAUCAGACUUUAGAUGCCUUAGAUGGCCUACAAGCUCGCCGUACAGGAUCGUGCUCUCAGCUUGGUGAACUGUUCGACCAUGGUUGUGAUGCUUUAUCCACAUGCAUCCUCCCCAUAAGUUAUUUCAUCAUCAUUGGUUUUGAUGACUGGCCUAUGUUGAUGUUCAUACAAUACUUCUGCAUCCAAGCUUUAUUUUAUGUAGCCCAUUGGCGAUGUUACGUCACAGGAAUUCUUGCGUUUGACCGUGUCGGAGUAACAGAGGGACUUUUAAUUGGAAUUUUAUUUGGGACGAUAUCUUCAAUAUUCGGUCCCUCUAUUUGGAGCAUAAAAGAUCCACUUCUCGGUUUGGAGCUCAAGGUUGUUCAGUUCCUCGUGUUCUCAGUUAUCAUGUUUUUUCUGGCGGUUCAGUUCGCUGAUACUAUUUCUCAAGGUGGUUGUGGUAAAUACGGGACAACCGUUGCUAAUACUAGUGUACUAUUUCCAGUUUGCCCUCUUACACUUGCACUUGGUUUUCCUGUUUUGGUUGCUAUUAAUUCUCCGGUAAAUCUUUAUCACCAAUCACCUUUUAUUUUCCUGUUGACGUUUGGGAUCGUUUCAGCAAAAGUUUCUCAACGUUUAGUGAUUGCUCAUAUGACUAAAAGUGCUAUCUAUUUGUUUGACGCGGUUAUGUUUGGGGCAGCUUUGUUAGUCAUCAAUCAGUAUUUUUCGUGUCCUUUGCCUGAAGUAUUAGUUCUAUGGAUAUCUUUGACAUUUGGAGCUGUGAAUAUCAUAUUAUAUGAUGCUGAUGUAUGUAUACAGUUGGCUGACUUUCUUAAUAUAUAUGUAUUCCGUAUUGGUCGACCAUCAUCUACGCGUCACAAUAAUAAAAAUACACCCGUAAAGUCGUCAGUUCAAGACAACACUUACAAAAAUUCACUUCGUAUACGAAACAGUUCUCGUAAUUGA